AUGGCGGGAAGCCUCGUGCUCGUCGUGACGCUUCACUUGGCGUGCAUGCUGCUGCAGUCGGCCCUGGUAAGCCCCGCCCACUGCGACGCCGUCUUCAAAGGCUUUUCGGACUGCCUGCUCCAGUUGGGGGACAAUAUGGCCAACUACCCCCCGGACUUGGACGACCAGCAGAACCUGCGCAAGAUCUGCACCUACUGGGACGACUUCCACUCAUGCGCGAGCACGGCAUUGUCCGACUGCCAGGAAGGCGCCAACGACCUUUGGGAGAAACUCAAAAAGGAAUCUCGAAGUCUGGAUUUUCGCGGAAGUCUGUUUGAACUUUGCGGCGCUGGAAACGCCGCGCCCCGAGGCCGGACGGUGGCGGUCCUGGCGGCGCUGCCGGGCCUGCUCACCUGGCUGUUGGCCCAUUAA